AUGACUUGCACGGAAGACCUUGCUGGGUUACCUCCCUUUCCCACUGAUGUACCAACAGCCCCUCUACUACGUCUAUCGCUCGACAAGCUGCUUGCUCAUGAUACGGUUGAGAUCCAGAGAUUGAUGCAAGCAUGCGAGAAGAUUGGGCUCUUUUGCCUCAAUUUGCAAGGCUCGGAAGAGGGGAUUAGCAUCCUAGAGGAUGCAGAUAAGCUGUUCAAGAUCGGCGAGCAGCUGUUCGAUCUCACUCUGGAGGAGAAAUUGAAAUAUGACUUUAGCGGCCAAAACUCCUAUUACGGAUACAAAGCACAGGGUACAGCAAUUUUUGACCGGCAGGGAAACUUGGACAGGAAUGAAUUCUAUAAUGUGUCCAGGGACGAUAUCAUGGACCUUACGCCGUCUCUCCCUGCCCCGGACAUUCUUCAUCAAACCCGUCCAGCUCUCCAGUCCUUUAUACGCACCUCCCACUCGAUUGUUAGCCUCUUGCUUGACCUCCUGAACGGCAGCCUCAAUCUCCCGCCAUCAACUAUAACAGACCUCCAUCGCCUUAACGCCAUCAGCGGCGACCAAGUCCGCUUCAUCAAUGCCCCUCUACAGCCUGCUAAUGACAGACGCACCGUCUUAGGCGAGCACACCGAUCUCGGCAGCAUCACAAUCCUCUUCAGCCGACUCGGCGGGCUGCAAGUCCUGCCACCUGGAGCGGACGCGCAGUGGGUCUACGUGCGGCCACUACCAGGACACGCAAUCGUGAACCUCGGAGACGCAAUGAUCAAGUUCACAAAUGGCCUGUUUCGGUCGAACAUCCACCGCGUAGCUUCGUCGCCGGGCCAAUUGCACAGGUAUAGUCUCGUCUACUUCUCGCGGCCGCAGGGUGAUGUCAUUCUCAGGAGGUUGAAGGGCUCUGGCAGGAUCCCUGAACUAAAAGAAGGUGACGUUGAGGAGGCGAUCAACAGCAAAGACUGGAUUAUCCGGCGUGCGCUGGAUCUGAGGGCGAACCUGAAGGAGAUUGAUUUUGAGAAAUCGGCGGGGACUGAGCAGUUGAGUCGAAGGAUCAAAGUAUAA